ACUAGCUUCGCUCGGAGGGAGUAUAAGGCUUCAGUCAUUUGGUCGUCGCCAGCACACGGAGCUGCAUCAGUUUUGUGACGUUGUUCGUACCUAAACCCUCUAAAAAACAGACAAAAUGUGCGACGAUGAUGUUGCUGCUCUGGUCGUUGAUAAUGGCUCCGGCAUGUGCAAAGCCGGUUUUGCUGGAGAUGACGCACCCCGUGCCGUGUUCCCAUCGAUCGUCGGCCGUCCCCGUCAUCAGGGCGUCAUGGUUGGUAUGGGCAACAAGGAUUCGUAUGUCGGCGACGAGGCCCAGUCGAAACGUGGUAUCCUCACUUUAAAAUACCCCAUCGAGCACGGUAUCGUCACGAACUGGGACGAUAUGGAGAAGAUCUGGCAUCACACGUUCUACAACGAGCUGCGUGUCGCCCCGGAGGAGCACCCUGUCCUGCUUACUGAAGCCCCACUUAACCCCAAGGCCAAUCGUGAAAAGAUGACCCAGAUCAUGUUUGAGACGUUCAAUACCCCCGCCAUGUACGUCGCCAUCCAGGCCGUACUGUCGCUGUACGCUUCCGGACGUACCACCGGUAUUGUGCUCGACUCUGGCGAUGGUGUGUCUCACACCGUGCCCAUCUAUGAAGGAUACGCUCUCCCACAUGCCAUCCUUCGUCUUGAUCUUGCUGGCCGUGACCUCACGGACUACUUGAUGAAAAUUCUGACCGAGCGUGGCUACUCGUUCACCACCACCGCGGAACGUGAAAUCGUCCGUGACAUCAAGGAGAAGCUGUGCUACGUCGCGCUCGACUUCGAACAGGAGAUGUCGACUGCUGCGUCGUCCUCCUCGUUGGAGAAGUCCUACGAGCUACCCGACGGACAAGUGAUAACAAUCGGUAACGAGCGUUUCCGAUGCCCCGAAGCUCUGUUCCAGCCCUCAUUCCUGGGUAUGGAAGCCUGUGGCAUCCACGAAACCACCUACAAUUCGAUCAUGAAGUGCGACGUGGACAUCCGUAAAGAUCUGUACGCCAACACCGUCCUGUCCGGGGGAACGACAAUGUACCCCGGUAUUGCCGAUCGCAUGCAGAAAGAAAUCACCAACCUGGCGCCUUCGACCAUGAAGAUCAAGAUCAUCGCCCCACCGGAGAGGAAAUACUCCGUCUGGAUUGGAGGAUCUAUCCUCGCCUCUCUGUCGACAUUCCAGCAAAUGUGGAUCUCGAAGCAGGAGUAUGACGAGUCCGGCCCCUCGAUCGUGCACAGGAAAUGCUUCUAAAUUAUUCAAAAAACAACUAAGGAUACCACCUAUAACACAGCGCGAAAUUCACCAUUAAUAAUGAUCUAAUUAAUUAUGAUCACGAUGAAGAUGCGAUAAAAAGGAAAAAUAAUACUUAUUAUUAUGAAAUAAAAAAAAUAUAAUAACAACAGCAACCAGAUCAUGAUUACCUACGAAUGAAAACAGCAAAGACGAUAGCGG